UUUUUCCACUGUUUAUUUCCCACCAAAAAGUAAAUGCAUUUUAACCCAUUCUGUGGUUCACUGUAGCUUAAGGAAACCAAGCAUAUAGAUGCAUUAGUGAUUUUGUUUAUAUUAUGUAAAAUGUAAUGAUCUAUCUUAGAAAUACCACAGUUUGUAUUUUUCUUUAAGGAGUAAAGAUUUGUCUUUAAAAAUAACUUGAUAUUUUCCUGGCUUUCAUUUAAUACAAUGGAAAAUAAAGUAUUACACGAAAAAAAAAAUUUUUCUUAGAGACAGUAUCUCAUUAUGUUACCCAGGCUGAAGUGCAGUGGCUAUUCACAGGCACGAUUAUAGCUCACUAUAGCCUCAAAGUCCUGGGUUCAAGCCUCCUGAGUAGCUAGAACUCCAGGUACAUGCCACCUUGCCUGGCUUCCUGCUUUCUUAUUCACUGAGAAACUUUGUUCUCUAAAAUCAUAGAUUAGAGACAACUUCGUGUUUGAAAUUACAUCAGUAACAAUAAAAUAUCCCACCUUUGCUUGAAGGACCUCAGUCAUUCCACACAGAGAAUUGGCCUCAAUUUACAACCCAGAUGUCAAGCUUCUGAUAAGGGGUUUCCAGACACAAAACUCCAUCGCUAUUUUAACUUCAUAGUCUCCAAGGAAAUAGGCCCUUCAUCCACUUUGCAGUCUAGACCUAGAGCCUGUGUGUUGAUGGCAGCAGCAGGCCGUCUGGAGCAGCCACUGCUAUCAUUGACAUACAGCCUUGUUUUGCUUUGAGUCUACGAAAAUACUGCUUAUUUAAAUUUCAUCUCAACUCCACACUUCCCCAGAAUCCUAUCACUCUAUCUGGGGAGAUGCCAUGUGGUCCAGGCAGUCUUAGGCUGAAUGGGCAAGGAUCCAAGGGAAACCAAUUAGAUUGAAAUUCAAUUCUGUCUGUGGGCCCUCAAGAUUUAAAAGCCAUGGACAAGGGGGAAGCAACCAGUAUCGACCAGCGAUAAUCUAUGAGCACCUUCAGCUUGGGGUGUGGGGUCAUAGACAAAAAGAAUGGGGUUUAAUCAGUGUUCCCAUCCAAGGCAAAACCAGACCAGAAGAAUGGGAGCUACCAGGAGGCUGAGUUAAGACCAAUACUAGGGCCAGGCACGGUGACUACAGCCUGUAAUCCCAGCACUUUUGGAGGCAGAAGCGGGUGGAUUACUUGAGGUCAGGAGUUCGAGACCAGCCUGGCCAACAUGGUGAAACCUCGUCUCUACCAAAAAAAAAAAAAAAAAAAUUACAAGUGGCACACACUUGUACCCAGCCACUAGGGAGGCUGAGGUAGAAGAAUUGCUUGAACCCGGGAGGCGGAGGUUGCAGUGAGCCGAAAUCACAUCACUGCGCUCCAGCCUGGGUGACAGAAGGAGACUCCGUCUCCAAAAAAAUAAAAAAUAAAAACCAAUACUAGGAAGUGCUUUCUUACCAUGAAAGCUCCCUGCACACAGAAUGAAGAGACAGAUGGCAGAAGCAAGACCAGAGGCCUCCACCACUGAACAAGGUCAACCUGAAUUUGUUUUUGUAGCUCUGGGAAGUCCUGAACUGAAUGGGAGGUUCUACUGUGGCCCUCUACUAACAGUAGAUGGAACCUGGAACCAUCUACUGUUAAUUGUCCUUUUAGUAGCCAAGACAUGAAGUACCUAUCUCCCUUCUUUGUACUUGGUGAAAAGAUUUGAACUCGAGCCAUCUCUGCUAAAGGCAUGACUUUAGUCACCCCACUGCAGUUGCUUCUCUUUGCCUCCAAGAAAGUCCAAUCUGAUGGGCAGAUUGUGCUUGCAGAUGACCGGAUUAAACUGCAAAUAUCUCAUGAAGCUGCUGCCUGCAUCACCGCUCUCCAGGCAGCCACGGAGGCUCUGGUUGUUGAGGCCAUCUACUGUGGCCCUCAUACAUCAUACUGUGUAUGGUUCCAGGAUUUGUAAAUGCUCUAAUCAAUGUUUUUUCUUUUUUUAAAAAGCUGUUCCUGCUGAUUGCUUUUUAAGCUAGGCUCAAGUGUGGGGCCACGGAAUCCUUCAGGUGCCCUUCAAAUCAGACAUUACAUUUCAGCUCUCAGGGCUAGAAUGCUUCCCCCUCUUAUCUUGGGCAGGUCUUUGAAGAAGCCAGUUUAGCCUUGGUAAUUUUGAAUUUGGCCAUAGUAUACGGAGGAGAGCUAGGUAGCUAUCAAAACGCUUAGACAAAUGUAUGGUAAAAUGCAGCCCAGCCUGAACCUCCGCAAAACCCCCAAACCUGGAGCAGCAAGUGGGCAAAGGAGUGUGUGUUUGGGGCAGGGUACUGAGUCCCAUCUGUAAUCAAGAGACCUGGAGGGCCCAAGGAAGUCAGUGACACCCCCACAAGCUACAUAUCCUCCAAUGGAUUGUGGUGGUCAUCUCCGGCUACUGAAGCCACCUUGCUUAUUCCCAUAGCCUUACAAACAUUAUGAUGCUUCACACGAGUUGUGGGUGAAGUGAAGGAGUUGGAAAGUCCCGGUCUAAGGCCCUGCAAAACUGCUGUCUGGUAAAAACAAGUGACUAUGGCAAGGCCCUGAAUGUACUACGUAUAGACUUAAGUCAGUAUUUGUGCCUAACAGCAAAGCAUGCCACGAGAGGCUCCUCAAAAGCCGGGUAAUUGACGCCAUUGUUUUCUUGACCUAGUUGAAGAGUCAAAGAAGAGAAGGUGAUGCAGAAACUUCUUUCCAGUGAAGUGACAGAUCCAAGCAAGGAACACCUGCCUGUGAGGGGAGCGGUAGGGGAGGGGGUGAAUUCGGCAGCACUCGGGUAGUGGCAGGGACCACAUAUUGUCGGUGUUAACCACUGUUAUCACUGGCCCAGGUCGAGUGAGGACGAGUCAUUUCCCCACUAAGCACUUGGGGAGUGGCAGGGACCACAUAUUGUCAGUGUUAACCACUGUUAUGACUGGCCCAGGUCGGGUGAUGACAAGCCAUUUCCUCACUAUUGUCCCUUCUUCCUCACUGCACCCCCAGCCCUGCACCCUCAGCCCCAAAUACACAUUCUCGUUCACUCAACGUUUGUUGACACCUAGCGUGGGCCCUGUGGGAUGGAGUAAAAGUUCGGUGUUGGGAGGAGCCCUGGUGACAGAUUUUUGGUUUUGGUGGUGGCUUUUGGGCAAGGACAGGUCAGUUCAUAAAAGAUGACGCCCCAGGUCUGGAUCGAAUUCUCCUGGGAGCCAGACCAAAGCACCUUCCUGGACUGCAAAGUGUGGAAGCCGCCGCGGGCCGGGCGCGGGGAGGUGUCAUGCGCCCGAACCUGCGCUUGCUGCCAAGCUCUGGAGCUGACGCGCAGCGGCAAGGCGCCCCGCGUCCGGGGCUGGCGGCUCCGCGCAUGCUCCUCCCACCGGCGUCGCAGGCCUCGAGAUGCUCCGGAAGUACUGGGUGCAGCCUGAUGGCGCAGGAGGUAGACACCGCACAGGGCGCCGAGAUGUGGCGGGGCGCGGGCGCGGCUCGGGGACGCGCUUCCUGGUGCUGGGCCCUGGCGCUGCUUUGGCUCGCGGCGGUUCCGGGCUGGUCCCGGGUCUCGGGCGUCCCCUCCCGGCGCCACUGGCCGGUGCCCUACAAACGCUUUGACUUCCGUCCAAAACCUGAUCCUUAUUGUCAAGCUAAGUAUACUUUCUGUCCAACUGGCUCAGCUAUCCCAGUUAUGGAGGGUGAUGAUGACAUUGAAGUUUUUCGAUUACAAGCCCCAGUAUGGGAAUUUAAAUAUGGAGACCUCCUGGGACACUUGAAAAUUAUGCAUGAUGCCAUUGGAUUCAGGAGUACAUUAACUGGCAAGAACUACACAAUGGAAUGGUAUGAACUUUUCCAACUUGGCAACUGUACAUUUCCCCAUCUCCGACCUGAAAUGGAUGCCCCUUUCUGGUGUAAUCAAGGCGCUGCCUGCUUUUUUGAGGGAAUUGAUGAUGUUCACUGGAAGGAAAAUGGGACAUUAGUUCAAGUAGCAACUAUAUCAGGAAACAUGUUCAACCAAAUGGCAAAGUGGGUGAAACAGGACAAUGAAACAGGAAUUUAUUACGAGACAUGGAAUGUAAAAGCCAGCCCAGAAAAGGGGGCAGAGACAUGGUUUGAUUCCUACGACUGUUCCAAAUUUGUGUUAAGGACCUUUAACAAGUUGGCUGAAUUUGGAGCAGAGUUCAAGAACAUAGAAACCAACUAUACAAGAAUAUUUCUUUACAGUGGAGAACCUACUUAUCUGGGAAAUGAAACAUCUGUUUUUGGGCCAACAGGAAACAAGACUCUUGGUUUAGCCAUAAAAAGAUUUUAUUACCCCUUCAAACCACAUUUGCCAACUAAAGAAUUUCUGUUGAGUCUCUUGCAAAUUUUUGAUGCAGUGAUUGUGCACAGACAGUUCUAUUUGUUUUAUAAUUUUGAAUAUUGGUUUUUACCUAUGAAAUUCCCUUUUAUUAAAAUAACAUAUGAAGAAAUCCCUUUACCUAACAGAAACAAAACACUCUCUCGUUUAUAAAACACCUUAAUUCUACUGCUGUUUUUUCUCCAAUCACCAGCAUCUGUUUUUCAGGGGGUGAUUUUACUUUUGUGAAUUCCUUAGCCUUUCUUCCUUGGUGCAUAAAGUUAAAAUGCACAUCAGCAGAAUUGCUGCAUAUUAACAUCUCAGGACUUUUCUCUUGUAAAGAAGCUGAAAUUCGUACUAUAUUGGCCAAAGUGAGCGAGUUAGGUGAUCUUGGUUUCAAUUUCCGAGCCUUUGUUAAUAUGGAGAAUUAUGGUUCAUAUCAGUUAUGUAGGACCUUUGGACCCAAGGUCCUACAGAUAGAUAUGGUGUGCCCAGAUUUUAAAAAUACCUUCAAAAAUAAAAAAUACCUUCAGUGACAUUUUCAUGGUGGGAGCUCUUCUUUCUGGUAUGGCAGUUACACUUUUUCACUUAAGUGCUUUAGUUUAGACUAACUUUACAACUUUUAUAACUUUUGGAACCAAGUUUAGUAUAGUCUGAUUCCACUCACCUAACUUUAGACAUUCGUUUAGACACCAUAACUGGAGUGAUUGUGCUUCUAGAUGUAGCAAAUCCAGUGUUAACACAUAUUUCUGGCUGAGAUUUUGGAACUAGCUAGUAACUGGCUUGUGUUCUUUAAGCAACCUAACAUCACUAAAUCUUAGGAUUUAGGAUUGCUGUAAAGAUGUAAGUUGUGUAUGUUUGGCAGGUCACAUUGAAUGGCAGUGAUAAUGAUUAAUCAAAGAACAAACGUCAUCCUUGAUCUUGCCUAAUGUAGUUUAUGUGCCAAACUUUCCAGGGUUUUGUAGUCACCUAGACUUUAAGCUGAUAGCAUAGUGCUUCAGCGGUUCUUCCAACCGGGGUAUGCAGGAACAUGGCUGCAGACACGUUUGGGUAAACAGGCACCUUCUGACUUCUUCACUGUUUCCUGUAGUUCUCCCUCUUCCCACAAAGCUGUCAGCGCAGUGGAAGAGGUUGCGCUUCUCCGAGAGAGGACAGGUUUCUGUUAAGAUCACCAAGUAGCUGUGCUUUAAUUAGAGCCAGACAAGCUUUCAAGGUCCUUUAAGUAUUUGAUGAUCAACUGAACAGGUUUCUAUUCAAGGAGAAAACACCAGUAAGAAGAUGGAGUAGAUAUCAGAUAAAACAAUUCACGUUUAAUAUGUAAAUGUACCAAUUAUGUGAUUCAGUUUCAACUAACAUUCAAGUACUUCCUGAGAGGUUAGUACAUUAUUAUUGAGCUCUCACAGAAAGCUUAAUCAUAGAUAUAAUUAACCUGAUCCAAAUGAGUAAAUUGGACCUUAGAAAGGCUAAGUGAUCUUUCUCUGGCUAUCCAGCUAGUAGUAAUGAAGUCAGGUCUUGAACCCCGGUUCUGCUGACUGAAUUGGAUGUACUAUAGUACAGGCUUUUAGCACCGAAGUGUGGUCCUCAGACCAGUGCCUGCCAACCAGAUGUUACUGGUCUGUGAGGAAAUAAGUACAGAUACUGACAGGAAGCUUUUAUAAACAAUUUAUUGGAGUGUUUUUGUUUCUGUUGGGUCUAAUUAAAAAAAUUGGAGCUUGUA